GCCCGCCCGCCCGCCCGCCACCAACACCAACCGGCCGCUCUUCCUUCCAUCCCAAGUUUCUCUCCCCACCACCACCACCGCCCCACCACCACCACCACCACCAACACAAAAGCUCAGCCUCAGCCAUCAUCCCCGUCCUGCUUUAACUUCCCAUUGCUCAGCCUCGCUGGUGGUGCGAGCUCGAGCCGCGCGGUGCUGCAGCGACGUCUCUCUCUCUCUCUCUCUGUCAUGGCCAGCCACGGGGGUCGCUCUUCGUCGUCCGAGCACAGAAAGAAGCCGCUCAACGAACAGCGAAAGAAGGAGGAGCUGGAGAGAGAGGUUUCGAUGCUGCAACUCUUGUUGAGUCAAGAAGAGAAGGUGCGUGAGAUCCUGGAGCACGUCUGGUCCCGAAAUACUGGGUCGACCAUCUCGAUUCCGAAUUUUCUUCCACCUAAGAUGAAGGAGCUAUUAGCAGAGUUGGCAAUGGUUGAGGAUGAGAUAGCCCGACUUGAGGGCCAAAUAAGCCGACUUCAAGCUAAUUUAAAGCAUGAAGAAGAAGCUACCAAGGAAGCAAAGUCCAGACAGACAAAGAUACCUGAAUUUCCAAGCAACCCUCAUCCUGCUUCUGGCUAUCCAUCAUACACACCAAGUCAAAGCCCGUUGAACAGAGUUGUUCCUGAGAGGAUGACCUUUGAGACCAAAGCAUUGCAUUUCAUUAGCAAAGCCAUCAAAGGGGAUUACAAUCUCAAGGACUUCACUCUGACUGAGAAAACGGGCAAUUCAAGACAAUUUUCCGAUCAGAAGGAGAAUCAUUUCCUUGAGGAUGCUGAGUUUCAAGACAGGCUUCUGAGAAAAAACCGGAUGCUGAAGCCGACCUUGCCAUUGCAAGACCUAAGACACCUGACACCUAUGCCAAGGGAACGAAGGCAGGAGACCCCUCUGAAAUCGCCACCUACGUUCAUGCCGAGUCCAAUGAAAGUAGAAGACAAUAAGCAAAAGUGGGAACCCAACAAGCUAUCUGAGAACAUUAUGAAGUGUUUGAACUUCAUUUUCAUAAGGCUACUCAGAACGUCAAGAGCAAUGGAAUUAGAGAAGUCGGGUCCGAUUUCCCGGUCCGUGAACUCAGCUCUCAACUCAAGAAGCUUCAGAGUUGAGACUGGACUGAAUUCAAGGCAACAAGAUCCAUACGGCGUGUUUGAUAUGGAGGAAUCUAUUCCAAGAGACAUCGGCCCUUACAAGAACCUAGUCAGAUUUACCGUGAGUUCUAUGGAUCGCAAGUGCAUUUCUUCCUCUAGUAACGUUCCCUUACUGAAGAAGUUGAGGGACUUACUGAGUCAUCUCAAGACAGUGGAUCUGAGAUUCUUGACAAAUCAACAGAAGCUGGCAUUCUGGAUCAACAUGUACAACGCUUGUAUCAUGCAUGGUUUUCUCCAGUACGGGGUGCCUUCUACUCCAGAAAAGCUGCUUGCACUGAUGAACAAGGCUACCCUCGACAUAGGAGGAAACACGAUAAAUGCCCAAGCGAUCGAACAUUUCAUCUUGAGGAAGCCCACAGCUUCUAAAAUUACAGAGGUCCACGGAAAAGUCGAAAGGGAGGCCAAAGAGGACUUAGUCCGAGAAGUCUACGGGCUCGAGAACACGGAUCCUAAUGUCGUUUUCGCUCUCUGCUGCGGAACCCGUUCAUCCCCUGCUGUGAGGACGUACACGGCAGAUGGGGUCACGGGCGAGCUAGAGAAGUCGAAGCUGGAGUACCUGCAGGCCUCCGUGGUGGUCACGACCACGAAGAGGAUCGCGUUCCCGGAGCUCCUGCUCCGGAACACGCACGACUUCGCGGCGGCCCCGGACUCCCUGGUGGAGUGGGUGUGCCACCAGCUGCCCACGUCCGGGACCCUCAGGAAAUCCAUAGUGGACUGCUUCCGGAGCCACGGCAGCGGCCACGCCCCGGUCUCGGUCCAGAAGAUACCAUACGACUACGAGUUCCAGUAUCUCCUGGCCAUCUAAUUCACCAUGCUCCUCCUGUAAAAAUCUACUAAAAGCGAGAUGCGAAAAGGUCGACACUUUCCCACUCUUUUCAAGCGGAAAUAUAGUGAAAUGCGUGUCAUUUAUUUACUCAAGAUGAA